ACUAGGUUGAGCCAACAGUGCACACAGGCUGCUUGCACAAUUUGCAGUGACAAGCAGUGUCACUUUGCAUUCUUAGUCUCUGAGUUGGAAAAACUCCAGGAACCUCCGGCAGCAUUUUUAAUACGUAUUCUUCUUUGACUGUUGACUUUAAUGCAGCAGUUAGUUAAUUGCAGUUCCUGUCAGUGUGAUCUGUGUGGAGCAUUAGUGGUGGUUAGUGAGCCUCCUAGUGUGUUGGAUCUUCCUCUAAUCAUCAUCAACAACAGCAUCACCAUGAUAAUAAGCAUCGCUCUGAUCUGGGCAGUAGUGGUGGGAUUCUGCUGCCUUCUAUGGCUUGCUGUGGGGAUACGACGCAGGCUACCUGGUGAGCCUGCAGUUGAGAAUGGCUUCAUCCCCUACCUGGGUUGUGCUCUGCAGUUCGGGGCCAACCCUCUUCAGUUCCUCCGCAGCCGCCAAAAGAAGUACGGCCAUAUUUUCACCUGCAAGAUUGCAGGCCAGUACAUUCACUUCCUGUGUGACCCCUUCUCUUACCAUUCAGUCAUCAGACAGGGGAGACACCUGGAUUGGAGGAAGUUCCACUUUGCUACGUCUGUCAAGGUGUUCGGCCACGACAGCUUUGACCCUCGCCAUGGCCACACCACAGAGAACGUUCACCAAACCUUUCUGAAGACCCUGCAGGGCGAGGCUCUGCCCUCCCUGAUAGAGACCAUGAUGGGCCACCUCCAGGACGUCAUGCUGAGGUCAGACACACUCUGCCCCAGCAAGGACCACUGGGAGGUGGAUGGCAUCUUUGCUUUCUGCUACAAGGUGAUGUUUGAGUCUGGCUACCUGACUCUGUUUGGUAAAGAGCUUGGUGAAGACAAAUGUCAGGCUCAGCAGGAGGCUCAGAAAGCCUUGGUGCUCAAUGCUUUGGAGAACUUCAAAGAGUUUGACAAGAUCUUCCCGGCGUUGGUGGCUGGCCUGCCCAUCCAUGUCUUCAAGAGUGCCUACAGUGCCAGAGAGAAUCUAGCAAAGACCAUGCAUGCUGAAAACUUAUCCAAGAGGGAGAACAUGUCUGAUCUGAUCUCUAUGAGGAUGAUCCUGAAUGAUUCCUUAUCUACCUUCAAUGAUGUGAGCAAGGCCAGGACCCAUGUUGCUCUGCUCUGGGCUUCACAGGCUAACACCCUGCCUGCUACCUUCUGGAGUCUAUUUUAUAUGAUCAGGAGCCCAGAUGCUUUGAAAGCAGCUUGUGAGGAAGUGCAGAAAGUUCUGGAGGAUUCAGGUCAGAUGGUUGACCCUAGUGACCCACCACUGAAGCUGACCAAGGAGCAGCUGGACAAUAUGCCUGUUCUGGACAGCAUCACAAAAGAAGCUAUGCGUCUUUCCAGUGCUUCCAUCAAUGUGCGUGUUGCGAAGGAAGACUUCCUGCUUCACCUUGACAACCAAGAAGCUUACCGUAUUAGGAAAGAUGAUGUCAUUGCCCUAUAUCCACCCAUGCUGCACUACGAUCCAGAAAUCUAUGAGGAUCCCUAUGAGUACAAGUUUGACCGUUUCCUGGAUGAGAAGGGUCAGGAGAAAUCCACCUUUUACCGCAGCGGACGGCGGCUGCGUUACUUCAACAUGCCUUUCGGCUCUGGGGUCACCAAAUGCCCCGCCAGAUUUUUUGCUGUGUAUGAGAUCAAGCUGUUCCUGAUUCUGGUGCUGUCCUACUUUGACAUGGAACUAUUGGACCCUGCUAUCAAAGCCCCACCUCUUGACCAAUCCCGUGCUGGUCUAGGAAUCCUCCAGCCUACCUAUGAUGUGGACUUCAAGUACAAGUUGAAAUCAAAACACUAGGCUCUUUGUGAUUGAAGUAGAUAUUGUACAUAGUGUAUAUUUAACAGUGUUAAUGAAGAUGCCUUGUUAUAUUUGUAAAUAGACUGAAUUAUAUAUUUUUGUUGCUUUAAUUUGCUGCUGAAGAACAUGUAUUCUGCACUUAUGGAGCCCUUGCAAACAGUUUCACCUUCAGUGCAUCUGGUCGUGUUGUGCCAAACACUUCCUGGCAGACAUCCGGCAUGUCAGAGUAAAAUUGGUGAGUAGCAUCCUGUUGACAGACCUAGACCCAUAUCAAUGUAUAGAAUAAACUUGUUUUUGCCCGUUUACCCCAAAUCUUGUAGAGUGACUUUACUGCCAACUGUUUUCCAAAUCAAGUGACAGAGUUUUUGUACCUUGCAGGCAGCCAUUGGUUUUAAUAAAUUACAUUAUGCCACAUUAUGAUUAUGCAGUGUAGACUCCUUAAAUCAGGGGUGUCAAACAUACGUCUAGAGGGCCAAAAAAGUCAUUAAUUUAAAUUUUUCAAUGAAAUGCACUGCUAUUCCUAUUUGUCCACUGGGGGUUGUGCUGUCCUAAUAAGAGUAGCAAGCCCUAUGCUGGAUAUGCUAUUAUAGAUCCCACGUGCUUACAUACAGGCUACAUGACACAACACUGUCAAGCAUAGGCUACUAUUCAUGCAGGAGCCGCCGGAAACUGUCUUAGAAGAGUCUGAAGAAAAGUGGACGGUCGGGAAGCCAGUGUGCUCGUUGUGCACCUUUCACUGCUCAAGGAAUAUAAUAUUCUCUGCCACUAUCAGACUCUUCAUGCCAAAAAAUACAAGAACUUGCAAGAACAAGUGAGAACAGAGAAGAUAAAUGAAUUGUUGGCAUGUUUGAGGAAACCGAGAGUAGCUGAGAGAUCAGCGAGACACCUCAGGCUGUUCAUCAUCUGUUUUGUAAAUUGAUUGUUCAUUAAUUGUGAAUGUUUCCAGAAUGUACAUGUGCAUCUUUAAACUAAAAGAACGGCAAACACUUGGAGGUGUUGUUAUAAGACAGUGACCAGCGUCUUCACUGUGAUUGAUUCAGACAAUCACAGUGUUUGAUUCUGUAGCCUCACCCCCACCUCAACCCUUAGAUGUUUUAAUUCAGUUACCCGUUGAAAUGCACAUUUCUUUUGUACAUUUUACAAUAAGUGGAAUACCUAAAUGCUGUUUCAAAGUCUUCUCACUGCCAGAAGUGAAAUUCUUUUAUUUUUUCAUUGAUGAAAAAAGGUAGCUGAAGUUGCCAUGUUAAAAGAAAAUACAAUGUACAUUUCAAUUUCAAUUUCAAUUUCAAUUUAUUUUUAUAUAGCAUCAAAUCAUAACAGAAGUUAUCUCGAGAUGCUUUAUAUAUAGAUAUUUUUAUAUACAUGACCUCCGUGUCCUCAGUGGUAAUGCAUGUUUGCUUGUUUCUUUGAAAGAUGAUUUUUAAGUCAAAAGUACCAAUGGUACCAAAUGGAAGCCUGGCAGAUAGGAUAUCAAUAUAAAAAUGGAAAAAGGAAUCAGUAAAGUAUACUGUACAUGACUAAAUCUACAAAAACACUGGUAUGCUCCUUUAAGCUCUAGAGCUACUGGAAGUUCACAUUUACUACCACUUCAGUGUGUGACUAUCACAACCAACAUUCUGCAGUGAAACAUGUUCUAUGUGUUUAUUAGCCUGUAGAAAUCUGUGUGAACACAUGAGCUCAUCCAUUCUGCUCUAGCACCACUCGUUUGGUACCUUGUCAUCUCGCAUCAGCUAAUUUAUUCUGUGAGGUGAAGUUGCUGAGUGCAGCAUGACCAAACUCUCUUUUUGUUUUAUCAAUAAAUGCAUUACUCUAA